AUGUCAUUUUUUGAGGACACGAAUGAGGUCGCUGGCCCAGGUUGGAUUGAUUUUUUUCUUCCUUGGUCUGAAAGAGGACGGUUUCAGAAGAAGAACUGCGGGAUCGGUUCGAAAAAAUGAACAAAAUCGGGGAAGGAACUUACGGCGUCGUCUAUAAAGCCAAACACAUCAUCGACAACGUACAGUGCGCGUUGAAAAUGAUCAGUUUGGUCAAGUGCGUCAAAGAUCUUUAUUUCAUGACUAUUCUUUAAAAUGUAGGGAUGAAGAAGGAAUUCCGAGCACCUGCCUUCGUGAGAUUUCCUGUUUGAAAGAUUUGAAUCAUCCCAAUAUCGUUCGGCUUUACGACGUGAUCCAUUGUAGUUAGUUUUUGUGAUUUUAAAAGAAAAAUGGGAUUUUUUUUUUACGUUGCAGGUCAGCGGCUUUACAUGGUUUUUGAAUUUAUCGAUCGGGACUUGAAAAUGCUCAUUGAUUUGCUGCCGAAUCGACGUCUGCCGAUGGAAUAUGUUCAGGUAAAGGAAAUUAUGAAUAAAAAUUUAAGUAUAAGACUUCGAAGCGCUUCUAA